AUGCGCCGCAACGCGCAUUUCCGACCGGGGCGAGAGCCCCUGCACGACCAUCCCGGCCUGACUCUCCGCCGCAGUCAUGUCUCCGGCCCUCUUUCGUUCCUCAAUCCCACCUGGGCACGGUACGCGCCGGCCGCAGCCCCUGGGCAGGCCGAGGCCGGAACCCUGGGACAGGAGCGGGGCGCAGCGCCCGUUGUAGCUACGGAGCCAGGGUAUGUCGAGCAUCUCUGGCGCUCGCGCGACAAUCGCAAGGGACGACAUGCGCUACAGGUUGAUUAUUUGGUGGCGGCACGAGAGACGGGGUUCGCGGCCCCGCCGCCAACAGCCACGUGGAAAGCCGUGGCAAGGGGCAUUCCGCGGAUGGCGACGUGCGCACCUUACUGGGACGUAUCGUGGCUGGUUGCAGUUACAUUUACGCUCGGAUCGGUGAUCUGGAUUCUCAAUGCGUUCUUCGUGUGGUUGCCGCUGGAGGAUCCCGCGACGAGUUUCGGCGGCGAGUCCCUGAUGGGCGGGGGCAUUAGCGGGUUCAUCGGCGCGACAGUGUUUGAAUUUGGCAGUGUACUCCUGCUUCUUGAGGCUGUCAAUGCCAAUCAGACGGCGUGCUUUGGCUGGGCGUUGGAGACGGAGUUGACCAAGGCUGAGAGCCAUGCGUCGCAGGCUGUCCCUGUCCCGGUCACGAAGUUGAAGCCCAGCACGGACGAUUGCAGCCAUCACCACGCCAAUAGACGGAAUUUGGUUGGCUUGGGGCGGCACAUAUCUCGCCGAAUCUCUCAUGAUGUCGCUGCGGGCUAUUCGACAUCGUCGCCAGAUGGCAGAUCAUUCCGAUGGCUGCCCCCCUGGACCGAACUGCGGACGCAUUACAUGCACGAGCUGGGGUUUCUCGCUUCACUGAUUCAGUUCUUCGCGGCUACCAUCUUCUGGAUUGCUGGCUUCACCGGCCUGCCCGGCAUCAUCGAUCAUAUGAGCCAGCGCGUUACGAACGGAGUCUACUGGGUUCCUCAGAUAGUUGGCGGAACCGGGUUCAUUAUCAGUGGAUUGCUGUUCACCCUUGAAACGCAAGAGAAGUGGUAUCGGCCUGCUUUCAAUGUCCUUGGUUGGCAUAUUGGAGUCUGGAACUUCAUCGGUGGUAUUGGCUUCACUCUCUGCGGUGCAUUAGGGCCCGCGAUCAAUGCCUCGGGCGUGGAGUACCAAGCGACUCUUGCGACAUUUUGGGGCUCGUGGGCGUUUAUGAUUGGAUCGACGAUACAGUGGUAUGAGAGUUUGCAGAAGUAUCCGGUCGAAAAGGAAUGA